UGUGUGUAAAAUAAAUAAUUAUUAAGUCUACCACUUGGUAAACCUUGUCGCUAGCAUCGUCAUGCUUGAAAACACUCCAAAAGAAAUUUUCUCAAUGCCUCAAUAUUUUUUUUAUUAUUUUCUUUUUUUUUAUUAAAAAAAAAAAAAACAAAAAUAUAAUUGCUUUUAUUCCCAGCUGAGGAGAAUAUCGCUUGGUGACUGGUGUGUUCUGUGUUUGUGCUUGAUGUCAAAUAUAUCCAUUGUAUAAAUUAAUAUAUUUUUUUAAAUAAAUAAAAUAUUGUUGAGUAACCAAAAAAAUAAAAAAUAAACAAGUCAUUUAUCUCAGUGUCUGAAUGCAAAAAAUAAUUAUUAAAAAAAAAAAAACAUAAUAAUCGAAGGUCGUUGUCUCGAUGCACACAGUUGUUUUUUUUUUUUUUUUUUUAAUUUUUUGAUUCACACAUUAAUACAUAAAACACAUGAAUAAAUACAGUGAAAAAAAAAAAAUUUGAGUAAAAAGUAAAUUGACUGAAUGGACGCCGUGAUGUUUGUGAAAUAAAUAUCGUUAAAAAGUUGUAAUAAUUGUGUUGAUUGUGUGAUAAAUAAUAGAAAAAAAAAUGAAUAAAUAAUAAAUUUAGUUGACAUAUAUUUACGUACUCAAAAAAAACUAAAAAAAAAAAAAAAACAAGAAAAGUUUUUUGACCUGCCACAAAGGUGUCUGCAUAAAAAAAAAAAAAGCCUAGGUAUAAAAUAUAUGUAUGAAAAAGGUACAUAAAAAUACAGACAAUAAAAAAGAUAAAAAGAAAUAUAGGUGUAUAUGUAUCAAAUAAAAAUAAAAAAAAGGAGAGAAUCUAGUGUAGCAUCAGGCAUCAGCAGGGGUGGCUGCUGCUGGCGAUUUAACAGGAUAUCGAUUUGUAUGUGGAGACAGGCCCCCUCCUAGUGACUCGUCUCGCUAAACCAAAAGAUACACAUUUAUAUACAAAAAAUAAAUAAAAAAAAAAAUAUUCAUGUGUAUUAGUUUACACAAUUGUAUAUACAUAUGUUGGUGUGAAUGUUCUGAGUUUAAAAGAGAGUGAGAUAAAUGAAAGAGAAAAAGAGAGAGAGAGAGAGAGAAAAAGGGUAGCGUGUGUAUUAUUUGUGAUCAAGUUGUGUCUUGUGUGUACAUGUUUGUGACACUAAAACAAGGUUUUGAUAAUCAUCAAAAAAAAAAUUUUUAUCAUCACAAUGUUCAUCAAUUAAUCACCUUGCAACAAUUGCUCAUUAUUUUUAUGAAAUAACAAUACAAGUUUUAUUUGUAUUUAAAAAGAAAAAACAAAAAAGUUGAUAGACAUACAUCACAUCUGAACCAGCCAACCGACCGAUCAACCAACUAACCAACCAACGAAACAGCCAUCAAAGCAAGCAAGAAAAGCACCAGCAGCAGCAGCAGACGACAAGCAGCCAUGGACGUCGAUAUUUUUGGGGCACAAGACACCGUUGAUUUCUCACUAACGAGUCAUCGUCGUGUAAGGCCUUGCUCGAAGGCCUGAUAGGGCCCUAACAGCCCCCUAACACACAUUAUUAUUAUUAUCAUCAUCAUUAUAAUAAUUAUUAUUAUUAUUAAAAAGUGAUUAAAAGUGUUAAAAAAUUGUGAAAAUAAGGCUUUUUUUUUUAAUUGUUAGUGUUGUUGUUAUUAUAAAAAAGUAAAAGGUAAUAAUUACCAAAAAAAAAUCUGUGAGAAAGUGAGAUAAAGAAGAAGAGGAAUAAUAAUAAAAUAAGUGAGAUAAGAAAAGAAGAAUAAAAAAAAAAAAUAGCGAGAGAGAGUGUAGUGUGUAAAAGACAGAUAUACAUAGGUAUACAUAUUGAGAUAUAUAGAGAGAAAAGGCAGGAGGCAACGACAGUGGCAGAGGAGGAAGAAGAGAAGGAGCACUCUCUGACAAAGGCAGUGGCUUGUUGGAUCGAAGUUGGAGGACUGAAUUAUAAUAAAAAAAAAAAAAUUGUGUGUGUGCGCUAGGAGUACAAUUAAUAAAUAAAUAGCUCCAAAUUGUUUUUUAGGUGUGAUAAGAUAUAUAGAGCAAGAUAAUAAAUAAAAAAUAAGAAUGGAUCUCAAUGUGACGUCGGAUACCGGUGGGGCAGUUGCCUGUCCUGUCUGCACACUUUAUCUUCGUGAGGGCAUCAGCCUCCAGAGGCAUCUCAAUACUCAUCCAAAGGAGCAAGUUAUUGAUGCACUUAUUAAAGCUGCAAGUGGUACAAAUACAAAUUCAUUAUCAUUACUAUCCCUACCAUCAUCCUCCUCAUCAUCAAUACCACCACAAUCAUCAUCAUCACCAAUAUCAACAUUAUCAACACCAACAUCACCAUCAACAAUAACAAAUACAACAACAGCAUCAUCAACAACAUUAUCACAAUCAUCACAAAUAAUAACAUCACAUCAAAUUAGUCCACAAAUAUUACCAACAACACCACAAUCACAUCAUCAUCAUCAUCAUCAUAAUCAAUCACCACAAAUAACUGGACAAGCAAAUCACAUUCCAUCACAAUCACCAUAUCCAAUUGGACCUGUAUUUGAAUAUCCACCAAUAAAUCCAAUGAUGUCACCACAAUUUGCAUCAUUUAGUUAUCAACAAUUUGUUAAUAAUGGUACAAUGAUGAUACCACAAUAUGCCAUGGCACCACCACCACAACCAAAUCAAAUGAUGCAAAUGCUGUAUAAUCCAUAUAGUAUGUAUCAACAACAACAAGUACCAGCUGUACAAAUGUUAUCACCAGUAACAACAUUACAACCACAAUUACCACCACCAUCAACAACAACAGCAGCAACAGCAACAACAACAGCAGCAGCAACAACAACAGUAGUAGCUGCAGCAGCAGCCACUAGAAUAAAAUCAAUUAAUCUUACAAAUGAUACAACAAUAAAUAGAAAUGAUCCAUCACCAUCAUUGUUAUUAUCAUCAACAUCAAUAACAACAACAACUACGACAACGACAGCAACAUCAUCAUCAAUAACAUCAACUAUAAAUAAUAAUAGUAAUAAUAAUAAUAGUGUUGAACAAAUAUUGCCAGAAAUACGUGAUGAUGAUGAUGAUGAAGAUGAUGAUAAUAAUAAUUGUCAAGGUAAUAGUAAUAAUGGUGCUGAUAAUAAUAGUAGUAGUAGAAUAUUAAAUGUAACAAGUGAUGAAUCAUCAACGAUUAUUGUUGAUAAUACAUUGUUGACUGUAUCACAAAUAGAACAACAAAUAAUUAGUGAAGAAAUAGAAACAAAUAUAAUUGUUGAUGAAAUUAGACAAAAUAAUAAUGAUGAAGAUGAUCAUGAAAAAUUAGAAAUAAGAGAUAGGUGUCAACAAUUACAAAAUAAUGAUAAUCAACAAAUUAUUGAUAAUAAUAUUUCAUCACAACAAAGUAAACCAGAGAGUAUUUUACCACAUAUAGAAGACGAAGAUGAUGAUGAUGAUGAUGACAAUAAUCAUCAUAAUGAUGUUAUUGAUGAUAAUAAUGAUGAUGAUGAUGGUGGUGUUCAUGAAGACAGUACAGAUCACAGAUUAAAUGAAUUACAACAAUGUGAAGAAAAUGUAUUUACAAAUGAUGAUUGUCAAACAAUAAAUAAUAAAAAUUCAACAAUUCAUGAAACAAUUGAAGAAGAUGUUGAACAUAUUGGCAAUGAUAAUGAAGAAAUACUUGAAGAAAUUAAUGAUAAUGAAGAAGAAGAAUAUAAUUAUGAACAAUUAGAACAAGAAAGAUUAAUUCCUGAUUAUUUUAAAUUAAAAAAAAAUAAUAAUAUAAAUUUAUUAAAAAAAAGAAAAUUAACAAGACAAAAUAUUAAUAAUAUUGAAAAUAUAAUAAAUAAUACAAGUAUUAUUAAAACAACAGAUAAUAAAAUAAUUGAACUAGAUAAUUUAAAUGACGAUCAUAAUGAUAAAUCAACAAAUUCAAAACAAAAUUAUACAAUAAUGAAAAUUAAAAAAAUACAUGAUGAAGUUAAUGAUGAAUUAUGUGAAAUUGAUGAUGAUGUAUUUAAUUAUACAUAUAUUAAUAAAGGUAGUGGUUCAUUGCCAUCAUCACCAUCACAAUUAGAUAAUAAUAAAUUUAAAAAAUCAUAUUGUACUAAAUCAGAGUAUGGCUCAAGUGAUAAUUUAUAUCCAGUUGAAUUUGAAUCAAAUACAAUGAUUGACGAUGAAGAUGAAGAAAUGGAUGAUGAAGAUGACGAUGAAGAAGCAGAAGAUAUUGAUGAUGAAGAUGAUGAUGAUGAUGAUAAAGGUAUUGUUGAUAAUUUUGAUGAAGAAGAUAUGGAAAUUGGAGAAAUAUCAACAACACAAUCAUAUUCAAAUAGGCUUGAUAUUGAUAAUAAUAAAAUAUCAUCACAUACACCAGUAACAACAAUAACAACAACAAUAAGUGGUUUAAAAAAUUUACGUGGACGUAAAAAUUUAUUAAAAGAUAAUUAUCAUCAAUCAUCGUCGUCGUCAUCGUCAGCAACAGCAGCAGUAAUAACACCACCAUCAACAACAUCAUCAUCAACAACAACACCACCAAGAUCAUUUGAACGUGUUACAUUUAAAACUUAUCACGAUGAUGAUGAUGACGAUGAGGAUGAAGAUGAUGAAGACGAAGAUGAUGAAGAAAUACGUAUGAAACAAAAAAAUAUACACAAAAAUUAUCCUACUGGACGUAAAGUACCUACAAUAACAUCAACAAUAACAAAUAAUAUUAUAAAUAAUAAACAAAAUGAUAAUGUCUAUCAAUCAGUUAUAACUGAACAUGUUAGUUCAUUUCCACAAUUGAAUACAAUAAAUUCAAAUCAAGAACAAUCAUCAUCAAUAAUUGAUAAUUAUAUAAUGUCAUCAUCAACAAAUAAUAAAACAACAUCAUCAACAACAACAAUAACAACAACAACAACACCACCAUCAUCAUUAUCAAUGAAUAAAAAUCAUGAUCCACUUGAUUUAUCUGAUAUAACAAAUCCAACAACAAGUAAUGAAACAAAAAAUUUUCAAUCAAUGAAUAAUAAAAUAAUAAAUAAUAUACCAAAUAGUGAUCUUCUUAAUAUUAAUGAAGAUGCACACUCAUGUCCAUUAUCAAAUGUAUUUGAAUUUGAUGGUUUACAAAUAUUAGUACCAAGUACAUUUAUAAGUGAAUCAUCACAAAAAGCAAUAAGUGCAACAAGUCAACAAUCAAUGGCAAGUAGUGAAGGUGGUGGUGGUGUUGGUAUUGAUGAAGAAAUUAAAAGUGUUAAUAUGAGAGCUGAUGAAACAAUGCCACCAAGAGGUGAAUUAUCAGAACAAGAAAGUAAUGGUUGUACAGAACAUUCAGCUUGGCAGUUAUAUGUUGGACAAGAAUCAUCACGUAUGUCAACAUCAUAUGAUUUAAUGGCACGUGAAAGUUGGGAAGAAUCAGAAGGUAGUGAUAAUGAAACUGGUGUACCAUUAUUGGAUAGUAGAUCAUUAGCUGGACAUUUUACAUCAAGUUUAUUUCUUGAUGGUGAUCGUAAAAUACCAACAAAACAACGUACAUUUAAAUGUUCACAAUGUAAUGAAAUAUUUGAUUGUCCAAAAGAACGUCGAGUACAUAGUACAACUGUCCACAAAGAAGCUGGACCAAGUAAUAGUAGUAGUAAUUCAGGUACAUUAGAAAUAAAUGAUAGUAAAGAUAUUAAAUUACUUGAUAGAAGAAUGAAUGCAUUUGAAGAUAUAUUUGUACCUGGUGGUAUUGAUACAAAUCAAAAUACCAAUCAAGGACAACCAUUAUUACAUCAAAUGCAACCACCACCUCAACAACAAGAACAACAAUGUUAUCAACAACAGCAACAACAACAAAUACACCAACUUCAGUAUCAACAACAGCAGCAACAGCAACAACAGCUGCUGUUGCAACAACAACAACAACAACAUUAUCCAUUACAAUCGUCACAAUUAUUAAUUCUUGAUAAUACUAAACAUGAAGACAAUGAUGAAAAACCAGAUAUUAUUAUACCACAAAAUGCUGAAAUAUCAUGUGUAAUGUGUAGUCAAAAAUUUACAUCUGAACGUUCAUUACAAAUACAUAAUAAACGUGUACAUAAUACUGAAGUUGCAAAACGUUUACAUGAUAUAUCAAAAUGUCAAAUAUGUAAUGAAGAAUUUCCAUCAGUUGUUACAUUUAAUUUACAUUUAAAAGAACAUCCACUUGAAUGUGCACAAUGUGGUAAAUAUUUUUAUCGUAAACAAAAUUUUAAAUUACAUAUGAAACGUCAUUUAGGUAUUAAACCAUUUCCUUGUACAGUAUGUGAUAAAGCAUUUUUAACAAAACAAAAACUUGAUGAACAUAUGAAUGGACAUACUGGUAAUGCACCAGUUAAAUGUAAUUUAUGUAAUGAAACAUUUAGAAGAUAUUCAAAUUUAACACAACAUAAAAAUCGUCAUCAUUUAAAUAUUAAAAAAAAAUUAAAAGAUUUUAUAUGUCAUUGUGGUGAGGUAUUUCAUACUAAAAAAAAAUUAGCAUGGCAUAAAGAAACACAUGAUGAAAAACCAAAAUCAUGUACAUUUUGUAGUGAAAAAUUUAUUCAUAUGGCUAGUUUAACAAGACAUAUGAGACGUGCACAUAAUAAACGUUUUGUUCCUGAUGCUGAACGUGAAAAUGAAAAUGUUGAAUGUCCAGAAUGUAAAUGUAUUUAUUUACGUUCAUCAUUGGCUGUACAUAUGAGAGUACAUAAUGGUGAAAAACCAUAUGAAUGUCAAGUAUGUUCAAAAUCAUUUAGUACAAAAUGGAAUUUACAAUUACAUAAAUGGACACAUGCUGCACGUAGUACAAAACCAUUUAAAUGUAAUCAAUGCUCAGCAGCAUUUUAUCGUCACAGUGAUUUUACAGCACAUAUGAAUUCUCAUAAAAAUGUUAGACCAUAUACAUGUAAUUAUUGUGGUGCACAAUUUAUUAGAAAAUAUAAUUGUUUAAGACAUGUUAAAGAACAUGAAGAAAAUAAGCAAUAUACAUGUAAUGUUUGUAGUAAAACAUUUCAUCGUUCUUAUUAUUUAAAAGAACAUUUACGUGUUCACAGUGGUGCACGUCCUUAUACAUGUCAUAUUUGUGGUAAAUCAAGUAGUACCAAAUCAAAUCAUAAUAAACAUGUUAGAAUUCAUCAUGCAAGAGAACCUGUCAAUACUGAAAAUUAAUAUAUUCAUUUAAUUUUAAUAAUGUGAUUUCCAUUUUGUUUAUUUAUUUGAAAUUUUCUUUAACUUUUUCUUGAGUUUUUCCUUUAAUUUUCAAGUGCAAAUUCAUUUGAUUUUAAAUGUCGUGAUAUAAUUAUUAUUGUAUAGUUAAUUAUUAUUACUUUUUUUUUAUACUAAUGUCGUAAUGAAGAAAAAAAAUGUUAUUAAUUUUCUUAUCAAUAUAAGAAUUAUUAUUGAGUUUUUUUUUUUUUUUUAUUUCUUUUUAAAUUCAUAAAGGAAUAUUUAUGUUGUUUUUUUUAGCACCAAUUUUGUUGACUUUUGAUGCUUGAUGAUUGUUACUCGUCGCAUUGAUUGUAAAUUAGAAAAAAUUAAUUAAAAUUUUUUUUUUUUUUUUUAAAUAUUAAUUAUUAUUAUCAUUAUUAUUAUUGUUUGCUUUUUUUUUUAAUUUUUAUUUUUUUGGUCUAGGAAUUUGUGGGUCUUGUUUGAGAUAGACCUACUUAAAUUAAAAUAACGAUAAUAAUAAUUAAUAAUAAUAAUAAACAAUUAUAUAUUAAUGAAAUAAAAAAGGACAAUUUAAUAAACACUCCAGUAAAGUGAACAUAAAAAAAUGGAAGUGUUUUUUUAAGAGAGAAAGUAAAAAAUUGUUUGAAAUAGAAAAAAAAAAAAAAUAGAAAUAGAAAUAUUUCAAUAUAAUAAAUAAAAAAAUGUUUGCCAACUAAUGUUUAUGAAUAAAGAAAAUAAGUAAUAAUAAAAAUAAUCAAUUAUUAAAUUUAGGUAACAAAAUAAAAACAUUAUUAAAAAAAUUAAAAAAAAAAUAUCUGCGUACAGUAAUUAAUUAAAUAAAUUAAUAAAUAAAUUAUAAAAAAUGUCAGUCGUAAGUGAAAUAUUUUUUUUCUUUUUUAACUGUUUUGCAAAAAAUAAAAAAAUAAUAUUAAUAAACAAAAAAAAAAAAAAAAACUAGCAAAGUAAUAAACAAGUAAAGAAAAAUAAAAAUAAA